UGGGCACGCGCCUCGGCUCCGCGCGCGCGGCCCGGAAGCGUAAGGAGGCAUAUCAGGCAGCACGGCGGACAGCCCGGUAUCCUGCGCGCCGCGGACGUCGGAGGACCCCAGCGACGUCCGUAGCGCAGGGCCCGGUGGACGCGGCGGCGGCGGCGGGCGUUGCGACUGACUGCGCUGGGGGUCUCUGAAACGCUCUUCCGCGGCCACACUCGCCGCACUGGCUGAUUGUUGUGCAGCCGGCGCCAUGUCUGUGAGCGAGAUCUUCGUGGAGCUGCAGGGCUUUUUGGCUGCCGAGCAGGACAUCCGAGAGGAAAUCCGAAAAGUUGUACAGAGUUUAGAACAAACAGCUCGAGAGAUCUUAACUCUACUGCAAGGGGUCCAUCAGGGUGCUGGUUUUCAGGACAUUCCAAAGAGGUGUUUGAAAGCUCGAGAACAUUUUGGUACAGUUAAAACACAUUUAACAUCUUUGAAGACCAAGUUCCCUGCUGAACAGUAUUACAGAUUUCAUGAGCACUGGAGGUUUGUGUUGCAGCGUUUGGUCUUCUUGGCUGCAUUUGUUGUGUACUUGGAAUCAGAAACACUAGUGACUCGAGAAGCGGUUACAGAAAUUCUUGGCAUUGAGCCAGAUCGGGAGAAAGGAUUUCAUCUGGAUGUAGAAGAUUAUCUCUCAGGAGUUCUAAUUCUUGCCAGUGAAUUGUCGAGGCUGUCUGUCAACAGUGUGACUGCCGGAGACUAUUCCCGGCCCCUCCACAUCUCCACCUUCAUCAAUGAGCUGGAUUCCGGCUUCCGCCUUCUCAACCUGAAAAACGACUCCCUGAGGAAGCGCUAUGACGGCUUGAAGUACGAUGUGAAGAAAGUAGAGGAGGUGGUCUAUGAUCUCUCCAUCCGGGGCUUCAAUAAGGAGACUGCGGCAGCUUGUGCAGAGAAAUAGGAGGCUCUCCUGGUGCCUGGCCCUGCUGACCUCAGUGGUUGCUGGGGAGGGUGAGCCCAGCGCCUCUCAAGGUAGUUAGGAUUGCCCCGCCCCAUUGCUAAACACCGCGCUUUAUUUUCUUAACCAGUGUGUGGUGUAAGUAUCAAAAUUGAAACACUUUUUUGGGGGUAAAAAAGAUAGCCUUUACAAGGACAGAUUUUUCUUUGUUGUUUCAGUGAAUUUGCUCUGUAAUUCCGUGUAUUUCAGUUCUGUCAAAAAGUAUAAAUGUCAGUCUCUUGGUAAAGUCCUUUUCUUGCUUACCCUGAUACUGUUGAUGUACUGAUUGAGAAGUUUAUUGUCUUGUGUUUCUUCCAAAAGUGAUCCUAGGUGUUUUCUAUAUCCAGAUUAGCCAUCCAUACCCAGGUGUAGCCUGGAUACAGUAUAAAAAUAGGUAAUUUAAAAGGAUGGUUGCCAAGCAAAUGACAACUUAUUUUAUAUUUCCCUUCCUUAUUUUAAGCCUCGUGAGUAAAUCAGGUGUUGAAAUUUUUGCAAGGGAGUUACAGCCCCAGGGUCUCUCUCACUGCCAUCAAAAUAUAAAAGAUGAAAUUGCAAAGUCAAGUUCAAUAGAUUAUUUUGGGACGUUUUUGUAUUAGGGGAUUAACAUCUUAUCAUUUAGCUCUGUUUACCAGGUGGAGAGUAGGGCUUAGUGUUUUACAACACCUCUGUUUUCUGACGUUGCCUUAACAUUCUGCUCUUGCAGCAACUUAAAAAUCGUUUUCACACACAUCUUAAACUAACACUUCAUAUAAUAUAUUUUUAAGCUAUGAAACCUUUUUCCUAGCAGCCAGCUAGACUGUCUGGUCUGAGACUGUAAAGCCACCCAGUCAAGUUAAUUAGCAAUACCCUGACUGGUAUGUUCGGAGAGAAAAAAGCUGUGCUCUGUCUGGAAAAAAGAGAAAACCUUGGAUUCAAAAAGAAGAUCUGAUUUGGUAAUGUUUUUUAGAGUAAGCAGUUUCAGGUUGUUGGCAGCUAUCCCAACAGUCAGGUUUUAGAUUUACAGUUUUGGGCAAGUCACAUGGACCUUGUUGGCACCCACCUCCCCCUCCUUGUUUUCAGGUAGUGCAAAGAAUACUUGCCACGUAAUUUCUGCUGUUGAAAUGAUUUAAAAUGGUGACUUAACCCACAGGUUUUGGAGCUCACUGAAAGGAAGGUGCUAGUGUUUCCGGAAUAAUAGGAGGUAUUUGGAACCGUCCUCUCAUGCUUGAUCCCUGGUUAGGCUUUCCGUUUGUGCAGUAGAAUAUUUGGCACUGCUGUCAGAGCCGUGAUCAGGCCAAGUUAAGGACUGACCAAAUUUCCCAUCCUGAGGAAAAAAGUAGAAACAAAGCAUAAAUUGCUUUGCAUUUUUGGGUUUUAGAACAAUUUUCUUGACUGCUUUUUCUUCAGGAGAGUUUGUAGAAAGAGGAAAGGUGCUCAGGUGUUUGAAGUGCCUUGGGCGGUCAUCUGAAAUGUGCAGGAAUAGCGCUGCCUGGGUUGAGCACAAAAGGCUUCUAACUACAUGAUCAAACAUUUGCAGUAAGUUUGGUAAUAGUUUUCUUCUAUGUGGAGAAUCUCAAGGUGUUUUGAGGCUGAAGAUGACCAGGGGUGAUAAGCACAUACUGCUGUUUAAUAGUUAAAAUUAUCAAAAGACACCAACCACUCAAGAGUUAAAUUAAAAGUAUUGUAAUUGAACAUACUGAAAAGCCUCGGCUCUGGUUUUUUAGUACACCAGAAUCUUCUUUCCAAUUUGAGAGAAUUGAGCAGCUUAGAGUAGAGAUGAAUUAGUGGAUGUUUUCUUUAUAAAUUUAUUUAUAAGAAGAGAACCCAUAAAUACUUCAUAAGAUUUGCCCUGUCUUAAACUUGAAUAAUAAUAUUGGUAACACUUAAGAGAAUUUAAUAAAGAACGAAAGCUUCUUUGGCA